ACCCAAGUGAUGAGGAAGACUCUCCAGGGUGGCUCCUCUGGGAAGGGAACGACGUUGAACUACAGCUCCGAUGUGGACAUGGUCUUGUUCUUGAGCUGUUUCCCCAGCUUCCAAGACCAGGCAGAGCACCGCGGAUUGAUCAUCAGCUUCAUCGAGGAAAGACUGACUCAGUACAGCAGGAACCUGGCCUACAGCAUCACCAUGGUCCCGCGGAGAGAGACGAGCAGGGUCCCCCGCUCCCUGUCCUUCCAGGUCCAGCCCAGGAGGAACAGUGAAGCCAUUGGAGUGGAUGUGCUCCCGGCCUAUGAUGCUCUGAGACAUUUUUGCCCGGACUCUAAACCCUCACCGGAAAUCUAUGAAGACUUAAUAACCAGUGGUGCCACGCCUGGAGAGUUCUCGCCAAGCUUCACAGAGUUGCAGAGGCACUUCGUGAAAAGUCGACCUGUUAAGCUAAAGGACCUCCUGCGGCUGGUGAAGCACUGGUAUCUGCAGUACUUGAAACCUAAAUAUCAAAACUCAGCAUUGCCCCCAAAAUAUGCUCUGGAGCUACUGACCAUCUAUGCCUGGGAAAUAGGUACAGACAAAAGCGACAGCUUCAACCUGGGUGAAGGGUUUAGAGCUGUGAUGGAACUCCUCAUAGAUUAUGAAAACAUCUGCAUAUAUUGGACCAAGUACUAUGAUUUCCAAAAUGAGACUGUCAGAAUCUAUCUCAAACAACAAUUGAAGGAAUGCAGGCCAGUUAUCCUGGACCCAGCUGAUCCUACCAACAACCUGGGAAGUAAAAAGAGAUGGGACCUGGUGGCCAGAGAAGCUGUUCGCUGCCUGAGGCAGGCCUGCUGCUGGACUGAAGACCCCAGCCAGGGCUGGCAUGUACAGCCAGCAAGGGAUGUCCAGGUGACGGUGAAAAAGGCAGGAGAGGAGGCCUGGAUAUUCUCAGUGAACCCCUACCGUCGCAUCUGGCAGAUGAAAGCCAAGAUCAAGAGGACAUGGGGCUUCAGCGGGCAACAGCGUCUGUCCUUCCAGGAGCCGGGAGGGGAGCGGCAUCUGCUCAGCAACCGGCACACAUUAGCAUAUUAUGGGAUCUUCUCUAAGGUGAGCGUCUGGGUGCUGGAGACCUUCCCUCCUGAGAUCCAGGUCUUCGUGAAGGACUCUAGUGGUCAGAGCAAGCCUUAUGCCGUCCACCCUGAGGACUCCAUCCGUGACUUGAAAGAGAAGAUUGAGGAAGGUGGAGGACCUUACGUGGAGGAUCAGGUACUAAAGUUCCAGAAUCGGAUACUGUGGAAUCACCGCAGCCUCUCAGACCUGCAGAUCAAAGACUGUGACACCGUCAUACUCGUGAAGAGAAACUGAGUAAGGAAAGGGUUAAGGUAUAGGCAGGGAGAGAUAGGGGGUCCCUGGCUAGGCUCUGAGACUAUUCCUGGCAGGCAGAAGCACUAAGACAGAGUGAACAAGAGAUAAGGGAACAGACCAUCUGGCCUGGGAUGGUCAGCAGUAUUUUUCUUUGGCGGCUCCAGUAUCAUAGAAAAUGACCAAACCUCAAAGAAGUGAGUCAUUAAGGGUGUUAUCAAUAGUCCAUGCUCAAACCAAGACUGCACAAGAAACUCAAGGUCAUAAGUUUCCCGGUCAGUUCUCAAUAAAAAACCAGCCCACAAUGAAUCAUGGAACACUACAUCAAAAACUAAUGAUGUAAUGCAUGGUGAUUAACAUAAC